GCAGAGAUUGUUAACUCUGACCUUUUGAAGAGAAUGAACAGAAUUCUCGCUCAUUAUUUGGUAAAACAGCUGACGUUUUCCGCUUGCAGGAACCGUCCUGUUACUGCUGCUGCUAUAACGAAGGCUUUAUCAAUGUAUGCCAGUGGAAUGGGAGCGAAAUCGGGGGAAGGUGUUCACAGGGUUAUUGAUAUGAGAAGUGACACGGUUACUCAACCAACACAGGAGAUGCGCCAAUUUAUGGCAGCGGCCGAGGUCGGAGACGACGUGUUUGGCGAUGAUCCUACGGUCAAUAGUCUACAGGAGAAAGCUGCUAAGUUGAUGAGGAAAGAAACCGCAAUAUUUGUACCUUCAGGAUCAAUGGGAAACCUCAUCUCAAUGAUGGCUCACUGCCCACACAGAGGAGAUGAGCUAAUUGCUGGUGACAUGUCUCAUAUUGUCCAAUGGGAACAAGGUUCAGCUUCACAGUUUGGUGGUGUGCAUUCAAGACAAGUUAGGACCAACCCAGACGGCACACUAGACCUGGAUGAGAUUAAGAGCAAAAUCCAUGAUGGAAGUGAUUCCCAUUAUACUCAUACCAAAGUUAUCUGCCUGGAAAGCUCACACAAUGCAACAGGUGGAACAGUCCUAUCCUUGGAAUAUAUGAAAAAGGUAAGGGAAUUAGCAGAUGCACAUGGCGUGCAAGUUCAUCUCGAUGGUGCCAGAGUGUUCAAUGCAGCAGCAUCUCUAGGUGUGCCAGUUAGUGACAUCUCCCAACAUGUAGACUCUGUCAUGUUCUGUUUGUCUAAAGGACUUGGGGCACCUGUUGGUUCUGUGGUUGUUGGUACAACAGAGUUUGUUUCAAGGUGUUAUCGCCUGAGGAAGGCUCUUGGUGGUGGUAUGCGACAGGCAGGGGUUCUAGCUGCUGCAGGCAUUUAUGCCCUUGAUAACAUUGCACCCAAGCUGAGUCAGGACCAUGAAAAUGCAAGAGCUUUAGCAAAAGGGCUACAGGAACUCCAAGGCAUUGACAUCGACCUCAGCACAGUCCACACCAACUUGGUAUAUUUCAAAGUGACCCAUCCAACACUAACCGCUGCUGACAUUGCUAAACAAAUGGGUACAGCCAUCACUGCACCAGAUGACAAAGAGGGGCAGAUCAUUAGAAUACUUGCAGUGGAAAGGAUGAAGAUUAGAGCUGUUAUCCACCAUCAAGUUUUAGCAGAGGAUGCACAGAUUUUCUUAAAAAAGCUUAGAUAUAUAUUGGAAAAAUCUUGAGUAAUCAAUAAGAUCUUUAAAGUAAGUGCAAUAAAUAAAUAGUGCUAAAGAAGUUUUUUUGGUUUCUGCUAGUUUGCCACCUAAAUGUUCUCUUAGUGCAAGUCCCGCAUUGCAUUGAGCGAAGUCUAUUGUAGAAUGUGUAAUAAUAGUCUUUAUGUAGAUAUACAAAAAGUUUUAAAAUGAACCCACAACCUGCAAACCUCUAGCCAUUGAUGUCAAAAAUAAAAGACAGACCGCAUUUUCAAUUGAAAUUCUUUAUUUCUUCCAUAUAGAGGAGUGGUUACAGCAUUUGACC